AAGCAUACCAAGACAUGAACGCCCUCGGUCCCUCUCUCGCUCCCUACAUUCGUUCGUCACGAACCCUAAGCAAAUGGGUUAAGCCCAUUUCUGUAUGGUAUGCAAACUUAAUGGGCUAUCGGAAAAUGGGCUUGAAGUACGACGAUUUAUUAAUCGAGGAGCAUCCAGAUGUCCAAAGAGCACUCACCCGCUUAACUCCCCGCGAGGCCUAUGAGCGUGCAUACCGCUUCAAGGUCGCGUCUCAGUGCAGCGUUUUGCACAAACCUCUGCCAAAGGAAGAAUGGCUCGCGUCUUCCGAGGACGUGCGUUACCUGAAGCCCCACGUCCUGGACGUUAUCAAGGAGAAUGAAGAGAGGGCAGCUUGGGACGAGAUGACUGUUCAAAGAAAAUGAUUAUCUACUUGAUUAAAUAUAAAUAUAGAGCUGAUGAGACAGUAUAGUCUUCUAUUGAACUCGCUGGUGUUUUC